GACUCCUCCCGGGUUGCAGCCCGCGCGGCACAGCCCCGUACUUUGCCCAGGCCAGGGUCGCCCCGGCAACCACCAGCCCAGCCAAUCAGCGCCCCGGAUUGCGUCAGAGCCAUGGCUGUCAGAAAAGCACUGAUCGUACUCGCUCACUCAGAGAGGACGUCCUUCAACUAUGCUAUGAAGGAGGCUGCUGUAGGGACUUUGAAGAGGAAAGGAUGGGAGGUGGCCGAGUCGGACCUCUAUGCCAUGAACUUCAAUCCCAUCAUUUCCAGAAAGGACAUCACAGGUAAACUGAAGGACCCUGAGAACUUUCAGUAUCCUGUGGAGUCUGUUCUAGCUUAUAAAGAAGGCCGUCUGAGCCCGGAUAUUGUGGCUGAACAAAAGAAGCUGGAAGCUGCAGACCUUGUGAUAUUUCAGUUCCCACUGCAAUGGUUUGGAGUCCCUGCCAUUCUGAAAGGCUGGUUUGAGCGAGUGCUGAUAGCGGAGUUUGCAUACACAUAUGCUGCCAUGUAUGACAAGGGACCUUUCCGGAAUAAAAAGACACUGCUUUCCAUUACCACUGGUGGCAGUGGCUCCAUGUACUCUCUGCAGGGUGUCCAUGGGGACAUGAAUAUCAUUCUCUGGCCAAUUCAGAGUGGCAUUCUGCAUUUCUGUGGCUUCCAAGUCUUAGAACCUCAGCUGACAUACAGCAUUGGACACACUCCAGCGGAUGCCCGAAUUCAGAUCCUGGAAGGAUGGAAGAAACGUCUGGAGAAUAUUUGGGAUGAGACACCACUGUAUUUUGCUCCAAGCAGCCUUUUUGACCUAAACUUCCAGGCAGGGUUCUUAAUGAAAAAAGAGGUACAGGAUGAACAGAAAAACAAGAAAUUUGGCCUUUCUGUGGGCCAUCACUUGGGCAAGUCCAUCCCAACUGACAACCAGAUCAAAGCUAGAAAAUAAAAUUCGCAAGAUUUGAUUUUCUUCUAACAUGUAGUCAAAUCUGGGUGUCUUUUUAGGCUUCCCUGACUUGCUUUAGCUUUUAAGAUUUGGAUUUUUCUUUUUCCACAAGGAAUGAAUAGGAGAGGGAAUAGACUGUA